AUGGCUACGAAGUCCGCUGAAGGAGAAACCACCGAGCGAGAGACAACGGAAUUCAUUGAUUUAUCCACCGAGAUCUUGGCGCCGGCAGAUUCUACUGCAAACGAGGACGAGGAGGAGGAAGAAGAAGAAGAAGAAGUAGAUAGCUGCGAAAGCGAUCAAGAAUGGGAUGUGGAUAGCUUCAAAGAUGAAGACUUCCAUUCGUCGGAUUUAAGCGAUGAUGAGGAUUUGCGUCGAUACGUGCGCCAAUGUUACAAAAGCGAGGGUUUCGAUGUGCCUCUAGAGUACCUACCGAGAAGGUCGACCCGUAUUUACAGCGGAUUUAAUCCGGUUGAUCUUGGUGAUUUUUUCAAAGCACCCUACAGUACAGGGCGUGAGUACAUGGAGACUGUGUUGAAAGUGAAGAAGAAUUUGGUGCUGGACCAUAUCGUGAGGGCCGUUGUGAAGAUGGGCGUUGGGGUCAAAUCUUACAUAACAUUUAUGGCUAGAGAAUCCCCCGAUGGAGAGCUCGUGGAAUACCAAGGCAAAGCUGAAUGGAAAGUGUGGCAGAGAAACAUCCAUCCCCUCCUCUGUAGACCAGCCUCUGAGCAGAAGAUUAAUUGUGCAAAUCUAUAG